CUUUAUAAAGAACAUUGAAUGCGCAUCCAUGCUUCGCAUGCUUCAAUAGUAAUAAUUAUGAUGAUCGCGUGAGAGAAGAGCUAAAUUUUCCAAAAAAGACUUUCAAUAGGUACUUUUCCUUUGUAUUUUUUGAAACACUCGCGAGCGUUUAAUACAGUGCUGCGCGUCUAAAAUGUGCCACGCGCGAGAUAAAUUUAGUCAUCGGCUGGGCGCUUUGAAAAUAACCAGAAAUAUACACUGAGUAGACAACACAGGCCAAAAGAUGCUGUGUUUAGAGUUCUCGUGAGCGAUCAGGCUGCGCGUAUACUGUGUCUUGUAAUCUCCGCUAUUUCAUCUCCACUUUCUUUGCAAUCAAAACACGGAGCACGUGUGCUCGCUCUGCAGAGGGAAAUAAUUCAAAUCAAUUCCGAUUGUAAUGUCUGUGACCACUCCCAGAUCUCCAGGGCCGCAGCGGAAAGUUUUAGAGGAGUUGUGUGGUGUCGAUGCCAGUUGCCCCGUACGAAUAGCGAGGUCCCCUGAAUUGGGAAGGUUUUUGGUAGCAUUCCGAGAUAUUUCUGAAGGCGAAGUAAUCUUGAAAGACGCGCCCCUUGUUGUUGGUCCCCAGGCAGAAUCAGCCCCGGUCUGCCUCGGGUGUCAUCGACCCGUCGGCCUUCAUGAACCCCACGUGUGCUCAAACUGCGGCUGUGCUCUUCUUUGCGGACCCCAGUGCGAAGCGUUACCGGCCCACGAAAAAGAAUGCCAGGCUCUCAGAAAUGCUCUUCCAAAUUCAGCGCCGCUGUUAUUGAAAGAUGACGGCAACUGGCAAUGCAUUUUGCCAUUGCGGUGCUUUGUUAAUCAGCCCAAAGGUUUAUUUCAACUCGAGGCGCACCUGGACGCGCGAAAGGAAUCUGGCGCUUGGUUUGAGUGUGAGAGGAACGUCGUCAAAGUUCUGCACAAUCACGGGUUGCUCAUGAAUUAUCCUGAGCAGGCCAUCCAGAAAGUUUGUGGACUUCUUGAUGUCAACUGUUUUGAAGUGCGCGGACCCCCAGACGAGACUGGCAGGUCAGAGAGUCUGCGAGGAAUUUACCCAAAUGCAGCUUUUAUGGCCCACUCUUGUUUCUCAAACACUCAUCUUGCCAUAGGCCCGGAAUACACGCUGAUCGUCAAAGCGGCGGCCAACAUUGCAGCUGGAGACGCCAUCGUGUUCAAUUACACGGACACGUUGAUAAGCACCGCUGGCAGAAGAGAGCGUUUGAGGAACAGCAAGUACUUUUCGUGCGAGUGCACUCGAUGCACUGACCCAACGGAACUGGAUACCCACCUCAGCUCACUGAGGUGUCCAGACCAAGGGUGUCUAGGUUCUGUCAUUUGCACAAACCCACUCAGACCGAUCGAGGCAACAUGGGCUUGUGACAAAUGUGAGAAAACUUUAGAUGGGUCAGUGGUGCGCACAGGUUUGGUCGGCGUUCAGAAGGAACUUUUGGAAGUCGACCAAACAAACGUGGAGGCAAUGGAAACCCUGAUGGCCAAGUUAGCACGUUCUUUGCACCCGAACCACGCAGCCAUGUUGGAGAUCACGCAAGCUCUGUCGGGAAUGUACCGGGAACAGAUCAUGGACGAAGGCCCAAUUGUGCCCACAGGACUUUUAAAAAGAAAACUAGAACUUUGCUCGUCAUUACUGCCAGUGAUAGAAAAACUCGAGCCACCUCUUUCGCGAUUGCGAGGAAUUACUUUGUAUGAAAUCGCAUCCCCUAUGGUUGCACUGGCCAAACAGAAAAAAAUCUCAAAAGUGUCUAGUGCGACCUGGGCGGUCGAGGUCAGGGACCAGUAUGUAAGGUGCGAGGAACUUCUGCGAGAGUCGGCCAGACUGCUCCUGCACGAACCUCCAACGGCUCCUGAGGCACAUUUGGCGAAAGUUGCUUUGAUGGAGCUGAAAGGUGUACGACAAGAAAUCGCAGAGCUCAAUAAGAAGUGUGCCAAAAUUGCGAGAAAAAAGAAGUAAAAUAAAGCUUUAUCGAAAAGCACAAAUCACCGUGAUAAGAAAUAAAACUGGCUGAAAACCAACUGAAUGGCUGUUUCCUUCACGCAAUGAUAAUUAUAUAAAACGUGAAACUGUAAGCGUGCCUUUGGCGCCUUUUCUUAA